AGCUGUAUGUGGAAGUUUUCUAGUAUGUACAAGUGGAAAUAUUCCUCUCUCUCUACCUUAAUGGCAAGAGGAUUGACGUUCACUACUGUAGGACUCACUGUCCUUAUUGUUCUUGUAUUAGUCCAUCCAACUUGCUGUGCUCCUACUGCUAUGGUUAAUCAUACCUGUUCCGCUUCUUCUUGUGGGAAUAUCCACAACAUAAGCUUUCCUUUUCGAUUGAAGACCGACCCAGAAAACUGCGGGGACCCAAGGUAUGAACUUUCGUGUGAGAACAAUCACACGGUGCUGCUAUCCUUAUUUGGAGGAAAAUACUACGUACAGGAAAUCAGUUACAACAACUACACAAUCCGGAUUGUAGACUCGAGUAUGCACAAGGACAAUUACUUCGCCAACAAAUUUAGUCAGAUAUGGCGCCUAUCCAUAUGACACUUAUCUGCGAAAGGGGACAGAGGUGAAUUACCGGGAUCUCGAACUAUCUCGGAGUGUGGUUUUGAUGAGCUGUGAAAAACCAGUGAAUUCUCCAUUGUAUUUGGACACUUCUACUUGCAAUUAUAAUGACAAAUCUUCUUCUAUAUCUGAUUCCAAGAGGUAUAGAUAUCUUAAAGUUGGUAUAACCAUCGCAUCCCAAGUGGAGGAGUCGUGCAAAGUAGAGAAGAUGUUUCGGACAUCGUGGCCAAGAAGUGAUGAUUCAAAUAUUUCCUGUAAGGACGUCCACAAUGAAUUGGUAUAUGGUUUUGAGCUUUCAUGGCUCGAAAGAAAUUGUGAAAGUUAUUGCGCAAGAGACUGCGAUUACUGCUACCUCAAUGAUUCGAACCGUGUUCAAUGCAUCAGUACUGGAUUGCUUGAACGUAUCCUAUAUCAACUCCUAGAAUGGAGCUAUAGCUAUGAAACAUAUAAUGCAGAAUGGUGGUAUUACUUAGUCCAAAAUAUAGGAUGGUUGUAUUAUGGACCAGAUUCAGGAGUAGCAGGUGAGGUUUCUAUCUCAAAAAAAUUGUUUGAAGGAUAGUAAUUAAUAUAGA